AUGGCCCGUGGUAUCUUUGUCACUGGCACCGAUGGCAUCACCACUUUUCUUGUGCAGCAGCAGCUGCUUAGGUUUGCUUCGCCUGUUACCCCCGGCUUGUCUUCCCCGCACCACUGGGCCAAUGAUCACCAGUUGCGGUUCCAGGGAUCGGCAGAGCUGUCGAUGCCGGUCCAUCCUCUUAAUUGGAUGUCAUCUCGCCUUUUUCCCUUGGUGGCGAGACACCUGGUCUGGAAAAUUGGCCAAAGAGACCUGGCCAGAAAGUGUUUCAAGUUGGCAAGUCUUCAAUCGACUACAAAAGUUGUUUCUCCGCCCCUCGUAAUAAUGGGACCAACCAGCUCGGUUUCAUCUAUUGGCUUGGGUCUUCAAAGUACCUGGCUUCUGAACCACUGGUAUCUUCUUAUUACUUCUUUAGGAUGUGAUGCCUGCAGCUCUCCCUUGGACAUGCAGCGAGUCGUGGCGGGUGCUGAUAGGAGGGCCAGACUCAACGUCGAGGGCUAG